CGUGCGCGUGCGCGCCGCGCCGCCGAGCCUUUGAAAGGCGGCCGGAGGCGCGGGCCCGGGGGCGAUGGCGAGCCUGGGUCGCCUGCUGUGCGUGCUGGGUCUGCUGCUGUGCGGGCCCGCGAGCCCCGGAUUAUCCAGACCCCAGAAGCGCGGCCCCAAGAAGCCCAUCAUCGGAAUAUUAAUGCAAAAAUGCCGUACGAAGGAAAUGAAAAAGUUGGGAAAAUACUACAUUGCUUCAUCCUAUGUGAAGUAUAUAGAGUCUGCAGGUGCAAGAGUUGUACCCAUAAGGCUUGAUCUUACACAUAUAGAAUAUGCAGAACUUUUCAAAUCUCUCAAUGGAGUCCUAUUUCCUGGAGGAAGUGCUGACAUAAUGCAUUCAGAUUACUUCCACGUUGCCAAAAUGUUUUACAGCAAGGCCAUAGAGAGUUAUGAUGGUGGAGACUAUUUUCCUGUGUGGGGAACAUGCCUUGGAUUUGAGCAGCUCGUCUUCCUGGUUAGCGGACAGAAGUUAUUAACACGUACAAAGACUUACUCAGUGCCAUUGCCUUUGAACUUUACUACAGAUGCGUUACAGAGCAGAAUGUUCCGGAAUUUUCCUGCUGAGUUAUUGGUGUCACUAGCGUUAGAGCCUCUGACUGCAAAUUUUCACAACUGGAGCCUCUCUGUGAAGAACUUUACAGAAAAUUACAAGUUAAAGAAGUUUUUCAAUAUAUUAACAACAAAUACAGAUGGUGAGAUUGACUUCAUUUCAUCUGUUGAAGGGUAUAAGUAUCCAAUAUAUGGUGUCCAGUGGCAUCCUGAGAAAGCACCGUAUGAGUGGAAUGACUUGGCAGGCAUUUCCCAUGCACCAAACGCCGUGAAGACUGCAUUUUACUUAGCAGAAUUCUUUGUUUCUGAAGCUCGGAAAAACAAUCAUUACUUUGCGAGUGAACUUGAGGAGACAGCAUCCUUGAUUUAUCAGGUUUAUCCAGUUUUUACUGGAAAUAUUUCUUCAUUUCAGCAAUGUUACAUGUUUAACUGAAAGUCUUCAAUAUGAUAACAGAGCACCUUGGAGUAACUCCAUGAUUGAAUUGCUAAGUCACUGCUCAUGACAAUAUGAGAAAGCCACACAGAUUCCUUUUCUGUGCCCGGUUCUGAUUCUUCACUUAGUACAUGAUUAUUUUUAUCAGAUUUGAUAACUUGACAAUGAAAAAGAUAAAUUGUCAUGAUGUUUUUCAUGCAAAAGCUUUCUGGUAUCUGAAGAUUAAAAAAAUUAAUUUUUUUGAAAAUA